AUGGCCCACGUGGCAAUGGCAUGUUCUGGGCUCGAACGUCGUUUAUGGCUCUAUCUACUAUCGGCUGGAAUUUCGGCAAUGUACACGGGUUUUUACUUUGCAGUGGCACUAGCGAUCGGGUUCCCAGUGCCUUUUUCGUAUCUGACACUCAAUAUCGUAUGGAUUUCGCUUAUCGUUGCUGGUCUCUGGGUAUACAUGGGCCCAGCAUGUCGAUCUAGCGCAUUGGUGCGCAAACGCUUAAAACUUCACGCUAUCUUUAUUUACGCCGCUUCCAGUCUAGCAGUUGUCUAUCCUUUGUUCUAUUACGCUUUCUUACAUGCUCGAGAAUAUGCCAGUACACAAUUCUUGCUGACAUUUGCACUGCCAGUUAUCAAGAUGAUGGAAAAGCUACUUCUUUACCACACAACAGGCCAUGCACCGGAUUUACAGCCUGUCUUCAUUGCCUUCAAUAUCGAGGUAUUCAACGCACUAUUCGUGUCAAGCUGCAUGCGCAACGCGACCUCGGUUAGCGUGACAAUGAUGCUAAUGGUUGCCGAUUUUAUGGGAGCUUGUGCAGCGCUGUACGGGCUGAGAAACAUUAUGCUGCGCAUAUUGCCGGUUUUAUUGCAAAACACCACCACCUUGAUUGUCUCGUAA